UAUUUUCCUUCACAUCUUUACGUGGGCCGUUGGGCUGGACUCAGUUGGCGGGCAAUAGAGCACGUGUGGGCCUGGCUCUUGGAAGGCCCAAAGAAUCUGGAUUACACGUGUCCGUCACCGAAUUGGCGUGUACACAACGCUCUCUGGCGCUUCUUUGCCUUCUUCUCUUUCAUUAUCUUUCUUUUCUCUCUCUCUCUAAACUCCGAAGGUCCGGUUUCUUGUACAACACUUCGCGAACAGUCUCUGCAAAUUCAUUCCUUUGGAGCUCAGAAAGUUGAUUACGUGGUUAGACAAUCCAGACACAGGAGCUAUGUAUUUCGACGGGUUUGGAUAUCAUGGAACAACAUUCGAGCAAACGUACAGAUGUUACCCUGCAUCUUUUAUUGAUAAGCCACAAAUUGAAAAUGGUGAUAAGAUUAUAAUGCCUCCCUCAGCCCUUGAUCGCCUUGCAUCUCUUCACAUCGACUAUCCUAUGUUGUUUGAACUUCACAAUGCUGCUACUGAGCGUGUCUCUCAUUGUGGGGUUCUGGAGUUCAUUGCAGAAGAAGGCAUGAUAUACAUGCCUUAUUGGAUGAUGGAGAACCUGCUCUUACAAGAAGGGGACAUUGUUCGAGUGAAAAAUAUGACUCUCCCAAAAGGGACUUAUGUUAAAUUGCAACCCCAUACAAAAGACUUCUUAGAUAUUUCCAAUCCAAAAGCCAUCUUGGAGACAACACUGAGGAACUUUUCUUGCUUAACCACAGGAGAUAGUAUUAUGGUGGCAUACAAUAACAAAAAGUAUUAUAUAGACAUCAUUGAAACAAAGCCUUCUCAUGCGAUAAGUAUCAUUGAGACAGAUUGUGAGGUGGACUUUGCACCUCCCCUUGAUUACAAGGAGCCUGAAAAACCUGUUGCAACUGUUCCUUCAGGCAAAGCACUGGCGGCAGGUGGGGAGGUUCCAGCUGAGCCCGAGCCAAAGUUCAACCCAUUUACAGGAGCAGGGAGACGCUUGGAUGGGAAACCCUUGAAAUAUCAGCCUUCACCCGUAUCUUCUUCUGGGUCCAAAGAAAAGCAACCUAGUGUUGCCAAUGGUGGCGGGCAGUCUUCUGUGGGGUCUAGUUCACAAGGUAGCACUCGUCAGACUCAGGGGAAGCUUGUGUUUGGCUCAAAUGUAAACCGCACCAAAGAUCCCCAAAAGGAACCCGCAAAAGAGCCUAAACAAGAGCAGCCUCCAAAGAAAGAAGAACCAAAAUUCCAGCCUUUUUCAGGGAAGAAGUACUCACUGAAGGGUUGAUGUUGUACUGCCCUCAAAUUUGGAACUGUUUCUUUGUUGGUGCUUGUGAUGUCGGGAAUUUCAAGGAUCAUAUUCAGCCGACAUGUUGUACUAUCCUACAUGGCACCGUGGGUUCUUGUUUCAAAAUGAAGAACAUGUCAAUUUAAAUUGGAGUACAUUUUAUUUAUAGGGCCAUGCAAAUUCGGCAAUUACAAACGCUAUAUCACAAGUUUGUGCCUUAUGCUCUGUGCUUACGUUUUGCAUUGCUGUUAACAAAAUAUGCACGUGUUAUUUAGAUCUCUGUGUGUGUGUGAGUUGAUAAUCCACCCAUGCAAAGCAGUUGUAAUGCUGUUUAUAGUUGGGGCAGCUUGAUCGCUUGUAGCUAUUUCGAAGGUAUGGUGAGUUCAGUUUAUCUCUUCGUUGUGAGACCUUCAAUUUGAAGCAGACCGCUCAUUUUGAUUAAGCUGUUGAUGCUUUACGCAAAAUCUGUUGAUGUUAUAUACAGUAUUGGAAUAUCUCAAACAUUAAUCUAGUUGUUAUUGUCGUCAUGGCAACUAUUGUGAA